AUGAUUAUUCGGAGUCUGCACAGAGCUUCGUGCUUGGGCGUGCGAGCUUCAGUCCGGCCGCAGCAAUGGAGUCAAUAUAGGGCCGAACUACGAGUCUUUACCAGCACAAACAGAGUCUCCAAGGAUGAUUCUCAGAACACUACGAUCCAGGGCGGAGCUCUGCGAAAGCCCAAAGCUGCAGAGAAUCAACCAGGGGCCAAACCAGAGACGGCUGAGAAAGUCGCGGCUGCGAUUCCUGCUGCUCGGAAAGACCCUCUGGCUCUCGGUGACAAGACCAACAAGGAGCAACGAAAAGCAGAUUGGGCUAUCAUGAAGGAGAUGGUCAAAUAUCUAUGGCCAAAGGACAACCUUGGAACCCGGUUCAGAGUUGGACUCUCCUUGGUACUGCUUGUUGGUGCCAAGGUGCUGAACGUCCAGGUCCCGUUCUACUUCAAGAACAUCGUUGAUUCCAUGAACGUGGAUUUUGUGGCGGUGGGAGGUACAGCUGCUACAGUGGCGGGGUCUAUGAUCUUUGCAUAUGGUAUGACCAGGAUUGGAGCUACGCUUUUCCAAGAAGUGCGGAAUGCUGUGUUUGCCAGCGUUGCCCAGAAGGCUAUUCGGAGGGUUGCUUGCAAUGUGUUUGAUCAUCUACUGAGGCUGGACCUGAAUUUCCAUCUUACGAAACAGACCGGUGGGCUGACUAGAGCCAUUGAUCGAGGUACCAAGGGUAUCAGUUUCCUCCUCACUUCUAUGGUUUUCCACAUCCUACCUACGGCACUGGAGAUCUCCAUGGUCUGUGGAAUUCUCACUUAUCAAUAUGGUGCCAAAUUUGCGGCCAUUACUGUCUUGACCAUGGUUGGUUAUACGGCAUUCACAAUCUGGACGACUGCCUGGAGAACAAAAUUUCGAAGAGCAGCCAAUGCAGCAGACAACAAGGGCUCUACCGUGGCAGUCGACUCGCUCAUCAACUACGAAGCUGUCAAGUAUUUCAACAAUGAAAAGUUUGAGGUUAGUAGGUACGAUCAAGCACUGAAGGAGUACGAGAAGUCAUCCAUCAAAGUUGCGACAUCGUUAGCCUUUCUCAACUCGGGGCAGAACCUGAUUUUCUCAAGUGCCUUGACGGCUAUGAUGUAUCUAGCUGCCGAUGGCGUCGCAACAGGGAAUUUGAGCGUAGGUGAUCUGGUCAUGGUCAACCAGCUGGUGUUCCAGCUCUCGGUGCCCCUGAAUUUUCUCGGAUCAGUUUACCGAGAGCUUCGCCAGUCGCUUCUGGACAUGGAAACUCUUUUCAACCUUCAGAAGGUCAAUGUUGCGAUUAAGGAGCCGCCCAAUGCGAAACCGCUGCAGCUAAGCCAGGGAGGCGAGAUCAAGUUUGAGAAUGUGACAUUUGGGUACCAUCCAGAUCGACCGAUUCUGAGGAAUCUGAGUUUGACCAUCCCGGCUGGGAAGAAGAUUGCUAUCGUUGGGCCGAGUGGUUGUGGAAAAUCGACCAUUCUACGUCUCUUGUUCCGGUUCUACGACAUUCAACAAGGCCGAAUCCUGGUUGAUGGUCAAGACAUUCGCAACGUUAGCUUGGAUUCGCUAAGGAGGGCAAUAGGUGUUGUACCCCAGGAUACCCCGCUCUUCAACGAUACGAUCGAGCACAACAUUCGGUAUGGUGAUCUGAAUGCCUCUCCCGAAAAGGUUUUGGCUGCUGCUCAAAGAGCGAGGAUUCAUGACAUUGUCUCCGCAUUUCCAAAUGGCUACAAAACCCUGGUAGGAGAGCGAGGCAUGAUGAUUUCCGGAGGAGAAAAGCAACGCUUGGCCGUUGCGAGGUUGAUUUUGAAGGACCCGCCACUGCUUUUUUUCGAUGAGGCUACUUCGGCCUUAGAUACGCACACGGAGCAAGCUCUCAUGCAAAAUAUCAACAGCGUCUUGAAGGAUAAGGCGAGGACGAGUGUGUUCGUCGCCCAUCGGCUAAGAACGAUUUACGAUAGUGACAAGAUCAUUGUACUCAAGGAUGGACAGGUCGCAGAGAGCGGUACUCAUCGCGAGCUUAUCGAUACUGGCGGUGUCUAUUCCGAGCUUUGGAGUGUUCAAGAAACACUGUUUUCCGACGAAGCAGAAGAACGAGAAAUCGAAAUCGAGGACGUUGAUACUAGCGGGAGACGAUAA